AUCAUAAACGCAACUUGUUGUAUAUUCGAAGUAUUUAAAUUUCUUAUAAGAGGUGCAUGCUUGUGCCAGCCUAUGAGCUCGCCGGAGGGGGCCCCUCAAGGCCAUGCGCGAGGUAGAUCAACGGCUAGGCCUCAACCUGGAAUUCCUUGAUGCCGUAUCUCAAUUGGAUGAUAGCGCUACACAAACCGAGGAUCUGGAGAAGUUGCGAUCAGCUUGUAGUCACUCCGGAGAGCUGGAGGAACUGCAAGAUCUGCUCCACUUCCCUGAAGAGGUUGCCCUCCGCCUCGCUGAUGCAGAGUAUCAGUUAUUUUAUCAAGUUCCACCAAUCGAUUAUUUACGACAGGUGACACUAGAUUUGGGUAGUGUGGGUGGCUCCUCAACUCACACAGAAGCCCCAUUACCACAAACGAGUAAUGCUCGUUCUACAGUGGCAAAUUUAAUAAAACGUUUCAAUGAGGUAAGCGCUUGGAUAACGCAAUUAAUUAUAAGUCAACCUACUCAUGAUGAACGCCGAGCAGUCUUAUCGUGUAUCUUGCGGGUGGCAUUAUCCUGCUGGAACAUCGGUAAUUUUAACGGUGCUAUGGAAAUUAUUGCCGGCCUCAAGUCCACUAAACUACGACCAUUUUGGCUAUCAAUUACGGAAAAAGAAACACUACCUAUACUGGACUUUCUAUCAGCUGCCUUAUUAUCAGCAGAAUAUGAUCGAGCAUUAUCUCGUGCUCUCGAUAUGGCUGAAUGUCGUGUUGUUCCAUUUUUUGGUGCUUUUCUUCGUGAAUUGCGUGAAAUUUUGGCAUCAACACCAUCACUUAUUAUGCUCGAACCACAUAAUCAAGGAAAUUAUGGGGUUAAUCCACCACAAAGUAAUGCAAACACAUCGACACAAAGUACCUCUGGCUAUGAACGGAGUAGUAUGAGCAGUACAGACGGGGGUGGUGGAAGGCAUCAUAGGCAUCAUCAUCAUCGCCAUCAUGAUCAUCGAUCGUCUUCUCCGUCAUCUCAAAAUACCAACGCACCAGCUGGAACAUAUUCACCAAAGCAUGGUAGCAGGGAACAACGAUAUCACGGCCAUCGACAAGUAUUCAUAUCCGAUUAUAAUGGUGAAGAUCAUUACUUCACACGUAUAGGACCUGGUAGUUUAAUAAAUUUGGAAAAAAUAUAUCGAACACAAGCUGUAAUGGAUCAUAUAUCAACGUUUCAUCAGCACUUUCAUAACCGAAAUCGAUGUUCACCGAGUAAUAAUUUUAUCGAUUACUUAAAAUCGGUUUCAAUAGCUGGCGGUAGAGUCCUUCAAGCUACACCACCAGAGAAAGUUGAAUUGGAUGAAGAAUAUGAAACAGAAGUUGAUGCAUAUCAUCCUGUACAACCGUUAACUAACGAUCACGGCGUUAGUUUUGUAUCGAUAACAUCUCCAUUAACAGGAAUUGAUCAACACAUAUUACAAAUUUUACAUCAUGGCACUACUGCAGUUAUGUUAGAAAGUGAUGGAACUAGUUCGAGUGGAGGCGGAAGUAGUGGUAUUGGUGGUGUUGGUGAUAGUGGUACAAGUGGCCGUGGGGCAGUACUUUUAUAUGUACGGCUGGACCGUGCGGGAGUAACGCUUACAUGGAGUCGACCUUGUUGGAGUGCUUUGCGGGCCGGAGCACUUUAUUUUGAAGACACUUCAUCGAAUUCAGCAUCUUCGUCACAAUUUACUGCUGAUUUUAAUUUAUCUGCCAAUCCUGAGGAAACUCUUUCUCCAGGAUUACUAUCAAAACUAUCUGCCCAAACUGGCCUUGAUUCAAAUACGAAUAAUUCAACCUUAGAUGAAGGAUAUUUAGAUUUAAUGUACGUGAAAGAAUUAGUUCUUGGUGUUCGGGAAACAGAACGUGAAGCUGAAAUUUCAAUUAUUGCAAGAAGAUUUGGUAUUGCUUACGGAUCAGAUCCUUGUUGUUUAAGCUUAAUGUAUGGUUAUUCAUUAAGUGAUAAUCGAAUAAUUUAUAUGUUAUUACCCCCUGUUCUAUGCAGAUUGUGGUAUGCAGGAUUAGGUUGGCUGAUAAAGGGUAUUGCUAGACAAUUACGCCUAGCAGAUCGACGAAUAUUAUGGCUAAAAGAACAAUAUUUACAACUUUACUAUGAAGAUGCUUGCUGUUGUGGACCGUUAGCCGCUGACGCUAUUCGAGCUUUUGGUGGUAGAGAUUGGUCUUUUGCAACAGUAACGCAAAGUGGUAUUCAACCAGGAGAUUUAUCCGGUGCAUUGAAAAGAGAAGCAUCAGUUAAAAUUAAGAAAAAACAAUUAAUUCAAGGUAAAAGAGAUUCUCGAACUCAUUUAAUGGACCCCAUUGCUAUUGCAACUGACAGUUAUUGGAGAAAUCCAACACACCAUAGACAAUCUACACCUGCAAGAUUCUCAGAGCCACAGCCAGAUGUCGCACGCCAUCACAGUUUAGGACAUUUGGCAUAUACAACGCAGCCAAAAUUCGAUAGAGAACGUCAUGGAUCGAUGGAACAACUUUGGCAUGGACGACAUCCGAGAGUUGGAUUUAUUUUAUACGAAACUCAAUUAGAUUUUGUUGAUUUUGUAGCGUUAUUUCGUUCAUUCAGCCUUUUGAUGAGAAAAGAUCUGCGUGAUUUAUUUGAUCAGCUGGCAAUUUCGUAUAGAAGUAUGACUGGAACUAAUUCAUCACCUAAAGUAAACGGCGUUAAAGUAUCCUUAGAACUAGCUACCUCAAAAAAACCACAAAGGAUAGGCCUCUUCACGAGAAAUAGUUCAUCAGAAUUGGCUGGUGUAACGACCACAAACUCACAAAAGAAAAUAUUUGAUGCCAUAGCUGCAGCAAGUAUUUUUUCAAACUGUGCUGGAAUCGAUUCGUCAAACAGUCAAGUAAUUACAUUAUCUACAUUUACAAAAUUUCUGGAAACUCGACAAAUGGAAAAUUGGUCAACCAGCGACGUUAAAGCUUUAAUUCAGAGGCAUGAACCUGAUCCAGUAUUACGUUCACAAGACUGUUUGUCGUUCGAAGGUUUUGCACGUUAUUUAAUGGACAAAGAUAAUUUUGCAUUCAUAAAUGAACGAGAAGUACCAAAAGAUCAAGAUAUGUCUAGACCUAUGUCACACUAUUACAUAGCAUCUUCACAUAAUACUUAUUUAACGGGACAUCAGCUAAAAGGGGAAUCAUCUGUUGAACUAUACUCUCAAGUAUUACAAUCGGGAUGUCGUUGCGUUGAAUUGGAUUGUUGGGAUGGUGAUGAUGGUUAUCCAAUGAUUUAUCAUGGACACACUUUUACCACAAAAAUACCAUUUAGCGCCGUUGUAGAAGCAAUAAAUCGUAAUGCCUUUGUUACAUCAUCAUUUCCUGUUAUUUUAUCAUUAGAAAACCAUUGCUCUUUACAUCAACAAACAAAAAUGGCACAAAUAUUUCAAAGAAUUUUUGGUGAUAAAUUAGUAACAAACUUUUUAUUCGAAACGGAUUUUAGUGAAGAACCAUUCUUACCUUCACCAAUGCAAUUAAAAAAUCGUAUUUUAAUUAAAAAUAAAAAAUUAACAGUCGAUUUACAACCAACAUUGACUACUACAACUUCUGCCCCGAUGGGAGUAGCUAUAAGAACUGCAACGGGAGUUAAACAUUCGGGUGGUCGCACGAGCUCGAUAAUUUCCAAUACUAGUUCAAGUUCAUUUAACGAUGACUUUAGCGAUGACGAAUAUGAUGAAGAUGAAGAAGAUGAAAAUUUAGACGAUAAAAAUUUAGUUUCCAUCUUACAUUCAAGUCCUUCUAAUAUGCCUUCAACCACGAGUGGCGGAGGUAGUAAUGAAGCAUCUCCACGUUCAUGUGUAGGAAUGGCAUCGCAUGCAAUUUCAAAAACAAGCUCUACCAAACGUAUUAUUGCCGAUGAUAAAACAAAAAAACGUAGUAGUCAAAUAGCAAAAGAAUUAUCAGAUAUAGUUGUAUAUGUUCAGGCCAUUAAAUUUCGAGGAUUAAAUACUGUCAGUCCGAGCAGUUCAGUAAAACAGCGACCUGUACCACCAAGAACUUCAAGUUCAGGUAGUUCGAUAAUGACAGUUUGUAGUGGAUCAGGAUCGGCAUCAAAUGUCAGCAGUUCUGGAGGAGCAACUACAACUGGAAUAUCGUCCGCUGAUACCGAAGCAUCAGCAAUGGAAAUGGAGUAUGCAUCAUCAAGUUUAAAACCACCACGAGCCAACUAUAAUCAUCCAUGCUAUCAAUGCUCAUCAAUUAAUGAAAAUACUGCAAAAAAAUUGUGCCGAAAACAACCAUUAGCAUUAGUUGCGCAUACACAAACACAAUUAAUGCGCACAUAUCCAGCUGGAAUGCGAAUCGAUUCCUCCAAUUUUAAUCCUGUAAUUUUUUGGGCUUUUGGUAUACAAAUGGCAGCUUUAAAUUAUCAAACCGAAGACCCAUCAUUGCAAUUGAAUACAGCUUUAUUUGAAUCAAAUGGGAAAUGUGGAUAUGUUUGUAAGCCAGAAGUAAUGUGGGAUCGUACUCAUGUCAUGUAUCGACGAUUUAACCCAUGGGAUAAAGAAUUUGAUGGAUUACAUUCAUCACAACUUUUAAUAAACGUUGUGUCAGGGCAAUAUAUCAAUCAUGCAAAUAUCAAUGCCAGUACAUUUGUUGAAGUUGAAAUUAUUGGAAUUCCUAUUGAUUGUAACAAGCAAAAAACUAGAGUCGUACAAAAAAAUGCAUUGAAUCCAAUAUGGAAUGAUACAUUUUUCUUUCGUGUGAUGUUUCAUGAUUUAUCAUUUAUUCGAUUCAAUGUGUAUGAAUCACCGACGAAUCACCUAAUUGCACAACGUGUAAUACCUUUGAAAGGUUUACGACCUGGUUACAGACAUUUAAGAUUACGUACAGCACAAAACAAACCGUUAAAUAUGUCUACACUGUUCAUAUAUUCUCGUACAGAAGAAGAAAGUUUGGAAAAUACUGGAACAAGUGAAACGGAACCUUGUAAUAAAGAUACAACGGAAACAGAUGAAAGUGGAACAAAAAAUACUACACCAUAUACGGGAAUAUCUGGAACACCAUUAUGUGUGAAACGUAAAAUGUUCUUUUUGAUGGUGUAUGGUGUUUUAAAUGAAGAGCCUUAUACAAUUUUAAAAAUUACUCAAGAAAGUACCACACAAGAUGUACUUAUGCAGUGUCUACAAAAAAUGAACCUGCCAGCAGAUCGUGUCAAUGAUCAUAUUUUAGUUGAAGAAGUUGCAAGGGGAUGGGAGAAAAAAGAUCAUGAAUUACCUGCAACUCAACGAAUUUUAGAUCUACAAGAACGUCCUCUUCAAGCUCAAUCCAAAUGGAAAGGAGAAGGUCGAUUCUUAUUGAAACGAAUGGGUGAUGAUCCAAGUAGUCGUGCAUGGCUAUCGUCAAUUCGUAGUGUAGCAAAUCGUGAACGAGAGGCCCAAGCAUCUGAGAAACCUAAUGCUUGGGAUGAACAUGACAAUUUUUUAGUUUGCAUAUACAAUGUAUCACCAGAAAUACCAUACGCAAUCUUAAAAGUUCCUUUAGGAUCUACUGCUCAAGAUGUAUUAGCUCAAGCACUUGUUAAAGCACGUCGUUUAGAAGAUCCUAUGAAUUUUGUAUUAGUAGAAGAAUUAGAAUGGGCUGGAUCUGGUGGACAUCAACAAAGAGCAUUGGCAGAUGAUGAAAAUGUAUACAGCACACAAUCUCAUUGGCAAACAAUUGGGCGAUUUAUUUUGCAAGAACGUGCCCACGCAACACCAACAUCUUUGCGCCGUAAUCGAGUAACCACAAAUCUAAGAUUAGCAACUUUAGACCGUAUAAGUCGAGGAUUAAGUGCUGCUCGAUCCGCUGCAUCGAAUAGUAUAAAGGCACCUGUUCAAGCAGCAUUAAGUGAUCCAACCACGGCAAAAAUGAAAGAGUCUAGAAAGUCUUCUACUGGAGGUCUAAUAAGAGGUAAAGGUAAUUCUGAGAAAGAAACAUUAAGUACACAACAAAGAUCGCAAUCUUUACAAUGUCAACGUGAAGUUCAUUCAGAAGGUGAAACUCUAAGUGAUGAAGAUAGUAAGGAAUCUGACUUAAUGUCAACAGUGUCACGAUUAAAAAAAGUAUCUUUAAAGAAAUUUAAAGAGUGGAAAUCUUGACUCUUUCAGUAAAUUUUAAUUUUUACUUGAAGGAGUCAGAUUUUUUUUAUAAUUUAUUG